CGGAACUGAAGCAAAUGGUGAUGAGCCUGCGGGUGUCGGAGCUGCAGGUGCUGCUGGGCUACGCUGGCCGCAACAAGCACGGACGCAAGCAUGAGCUGCUGACCAAGGCGCUGCAUCUGCUGAAGGCCGGCUGCAGCCCCGCCGUGCACAUGAAGGUCAAAGAGCUCUACCGACGACGCUUUCCUGCCAAAAUGGUUUCCCACUCAGAGAUGGCCAUGCCGGGGCCGCACCAUCCGGCCACAGGUGGAGUGGUCGGAGGAGGCGGUGCCGCACUGCCGGCUGGCCUGACACAGCUGGCGUAUGAGGGUCACGCCGGUCACGGUGGAGCCCCGUCGCCCGCUGCCUUACUGCCGCUCUCACUGCUCGGCCCCGGGAAGCACGAGUUGACCGGGCUGACGCACCACCUGUCCAGCUCGGCCACGCUGCACCCGGUCCACCCAGAUGUCAAGCUCCAGAGGCUGCCCUUCUACGACAUGCUGGAUGAGCUCAUCAAGCCGACCAGUCUAGCUUCAGACAACAGUCAGCGAUUUCAGGAGACGUGUUUCGCCUUCGCAUUAACGCCACAACAAGUCCAGCAGAUCAGCAGCUCGAUGGACAUCUCGGGGACCAAAUGUGAUUUCUCAGUUCAAGUUCAGUUGCGGUUUUGCCUGUCGGAGACAAGCUGUCCUCAGGAAGACCAUUUUCCACCCAAUCUGUGUGUGAAAGUCAACGGGAAGCCGUGCAACCUUCCGGGUUAUCUUCCUCCAACCAAAAACGGCGUCGAGCCUAAGCGGCCCAGCCGGCCCAUCAACAUUACCUCACUGGUCAGAUUGUCCACCACGGUCCCUAAUACCAUCGUGGUGUCGUGGACCGCUGAGAUUGGAAGGAGUUACUCCAUGGCAGUGUACCUGGUGAAGCAGCAGUCGUCCACAGUGUUGCUACAGAGACUACGUGCAAAAGGCAUCAGAAACCCGGACCACUCCAGAGCUCUCAUCAAAGAGAAGCUAACGGCAGAUCCAGACAGUGAAAUAGCCACAACCAGCCUGAGAGUGUCGCUGCUCUGCCCGCUGGGGAAGAUGCGGCUGAUGAUCCCAUGCCGGGCGCUGACAUGCUCCCACCUGCAGUGCUUUGACGCCACACUGUACAUCCAGAUGAACGAGAAGAAGCCCACCUGGGUAUGUCCUGUCUGUGACAAGAAGGCCCCCUAUGAACACCUCAUCAUCGACGGGCUUUUCGUGGAGAUCCUCAACAGCUGCAUGGACUGUGACGAGAUCCAGUUCAAGGAGGAUGGCAGCUGGGCCCCCAUGAGGUCUAAGAAGGAAGUGCAGGAGGUCUCCUCUGCCUCCUACAACAACGGGCUGGACGGUUCUUGUCGGACGUCCGCGGGCUCGGAUCAGCGGAGCUCCUCGACGUCCAGCCACGGCGGCAGCGACAGCGGUAACAGCAAGAAGGUCGAGGUGAUCGACUUGACGCUGGACAGCUCCUCAGAGGACGAAGGGCAGGAUUCUCCGCCUUCGCCACCUCCGCCGCCGCCCCUGCCUCCUCCACCCAAAAGAGCGUGUCCCUCUAUGUCCCCGACCUCGCCGCCCAUCAUCAACAAAGGAGUGUUGAACCUGCACCACCAGGCUUCUCCCGUGAGCCGCACUCCUAGCAUGCCAGCUGUGGACACCAGUUACAUCCCUCCAGUCCCCCCACUCAUCCAGGACUACAGACCCUACUACCACACCCCCAACGACCUGUCAGAGUUGAACUUCUUCUCUUUCCUUCAAGGCGACAAUCAUCAGCAUUACAACAUGGUGAUGGCAGCAGCAGCCGCCGCUUCGGCCUCAGACGACCACGAGCUGCUUCUCAACCGCUUCCUGCCCUACAGCACCUCCUCUUCCUCUUCCUCCUCCUCCCAGCUGUUCCUCGACCAAUCGGGAGCCUCCUCUGCCUCUUCGCUGACAGCGCCGACCAAUGGGGCGAGCAACUCGGGCAGCAGCAGCAGCCUGGUGUCGUCCAGCAGCCUCCGCGACACUCACUCCACACACUCGUCCUCACACUCGCACUCCUCACACACACACCCGGGGGUGGUGGCGAGCCGGAGCAGCGCCGAAGCAGCAGUGGCAGCUAUUUACGGCGGGAUACCUGACGUCAUAUCGUUGGACUGACUCGAGAAGAGUCGAGGCUUCACUUUGGGUCCAGCUGCGAUCCAGUGACAGACAUUUUGACUGCAGGGUAAAGUUUUGAUCCAGAAACUAGACUGGCCCCGAGUCAUCAAACACAUUUGUGGAGUCCUAACGACAAGACUGCCUCAAAAAGAGCACUAAUAUUACGAGUGGGUAACCGGCCCGAGGGUCUGCUUCACGAGACUGACCUGAGAACAGUCCUGAGUCAUCACUUAGAGCGGUCAGCUGUGGACGAUCUGUUUGUAAACUGAUUCUGGAUCAGCAUGUGAACCCACGUUUCUGCGAUAAAACCUGGCACAAACAGCAAAGACGCUACCUGAGCAUAAACACAAAGGAGGACGGCUCUUUUUUACAAAAAAUAAAAAACGAGGAGCGGCACCGUGUACAGAGAACAAAAUAUAUUUUCCUCUUUUACUUUUGUAUGUUUAAACCGGGAAAUUUUCAGUCUAGUGAGCUGCUUCAGUCGCUGUUUUAAAGUGGAGGACUGAGGUUUUCUUUAAACGUUUUUCUCACAAAAGCUUAUACAUAUGCCUGUUGCCAUGUGGUUUUCUUUUUCUUCUCUUUUAUCCAGCUUACGUUUUUAUUUAAUUUGCAUUUCUACGGUAUAUAUUUCUCUCUUGCUCGAGCUCAUUCUUAAAUUCAUAGUGUAUUAUUUCUCUAUCCGACGACAAGAACACUGAAUUUAUUCACGUACUAAUAAUUUUAUUAUGCUUUUAAGUUAUGUAUGAUAUUUAAACAGUUAUAAAUAUAUAUA